GAGAGGCUGUAAUAUUCUUGCAGUUAAGCCCAUCUCCUACAUCUCAAAUACACUUCUGACCCAUGAAUGAUCCAAGAAAAACUUAGAAGUUGACUUGCCAUAGUCCUCAGAUUCCCUAGCUUUGGUCUCUGUUGCUGUGCUAUGUGUGUAGUGCCACUGAGGGCAGCACUCAACACCUGGGCACAGGAAUCUCUGCAGAUUCAGUUCUACCGUGAGGGAAAUGUCCCCUUACUAAGCAGAUGCUGGGGAGGGUUUUUGCUAGCAAGUCCCAAGCAUUUGGUGUGCAGCUACUGGUAAUGGAGUGGUUUCUUAAGCUUGAGAUUUGCAAAGUGAAACUUGUGGUCGUAUGUGUAUCAAAAAAGCCUGAAAUUAUCCCUGUCGGUGCUAAUUUAAUUUAUUUACUCUUUCGGAGAGCUCUGCAUCUUGCUUGUGCAAAUGGCCAUGUGGAUGUAGUUACGUAUCUAGUAGAAAACAAGUGUAAGCUGAAUCUUUUUGACAAUGAUAACAGAUCGCCACUGAUUAAGGCAGUACAGUGCCAGCAAGAAAAAUGUGCCGCUAUUCUGCUGGAACAUGGUACUGACCCAAAUGUGAUGCUGAUGCUGAUGGCAGCACUGCCCUUCACCUGUCUGUCCUGUCUGGUAAUACUAUUACCAGCAGGGCUAUUACUUGAGCAUAAUGCCAAUAUUGAUUCCCAAAAUAAGGAGGGAUAUACCCCUCUUAUUCUUGCUGUCUCUGAACAUCAUGAAGAAAUAGUGGAGUUUCUGCUGAAGAAAGGAGCUGAUGUGCAUGCUCGAGAUCAAUGUGAAAGGUGA